CUCUUCAACGUUCAGCGCUUUGCCAGAGUAACCACCAGGAUGCUUUGAAAUCUUGCCACUGUGGCUCUUUCUGGGAACUGAAUAUCCAAUAUGGACGCCUUCAAACUGUUGACUCGAUCAACAAAGCUGAAGCCCACAGCUGCAUCUUCUAAUAGCCACCGCCUGCCUUCCGCAGGAAAAGCAGAGAACCCGCAGCUCUUUCGGUCUGCACAAGACCUUGAAACCAAGAAAAGAAAGAGAGGAUCUGACGAGCAUGAAGAUUCUGAUGGAAAUGAGGGAUCGGACAAUGAGUUUGAUGCGACGCAGCUAGCGCUUUUUGGUGCUAAGUCUGCACCAGUCAAAAAUGCAUCGUUAAAGGAAUCUAAAAAGUUACGGAAGUCUAAUAAGAAUCAGUCUGUGGAAGAAGACAAUGCUCAAAAUGAGCCUGAUUCAGAUCAUGAAGUAUCAACCGCCGUGAUGGAAGAGUCCGAGCGACGGUCAAUUUUGAAAGCGCAUAGGAUUAAAGUCUCCGACUUGCGCGAUUUGGAAGAGAUCCAAGCUGCCAAGACCGGCGACGACGUGGAGAAGAAAAAGAAGAGGAAGAAGAAGAAAGAACCUACCCUCAGUAAAAAGAAGCAAAAAGAAGCUCGACAACUAUACCCCGAGCCUCUGGUUUCAUUCCAAGAGCUGCGGAACAAGUAUCGCGUCUCUAGGCGUUUAACAGCAAAUAUUGGUGAGCAAGGCUUCUCAGUGCCGACUGAAGUGCAGAUGGGUAGUUUGCCUCUUCUUUUGUGGAAUAGUGCCAUUGAUAAGACGCCUUCAUCGCCGAAGGAGAGUCAAGAGCUUGACUUACUUGUAGUUGCUCCGACAGGAAGCGGGAAAACACUGGCAUUUUUGAUCCCAUUGAUCAAUAACAUGGUUCAACAUCAUCGACAGAAUCCUGGACAGCGUGAGAUAUGUUCAGUCAUUGUUGCUCCCACGAAAGAACUUGUGGGCCAGAUCGUCAAUGAAGGACGGAAACUAGCUGUUGGGACUGGGGUAACAAUUACGGCGAUGAGAAAGGGCAUGCAGGUCAUGGAUCUAAUUCAUGACGAGGAAAACUUAUUGGAAGAGAAGAGCAGCUCCGAAUCAGACCCAGGGUCUAGCAGUGACAACGAAACGGAAGACGCAAAGUCAAAAUCCAAAGGGAAGAAAACCAACACAACUGUCACCAAGAGCGACAUCCUCGUCACCACGCCACUCGCUCUAGUCAAUGCAUUAUCUGCGAAUAAGACGAAAAGUGUCUCCCCAUUACCGUCAGUAGAGCAUCUUGUCCUGGACGAGGCAGAUGUACUUCUAGACCCUUUGUUUCGUGAACAGACCUCAGCCAUCUGGAAUGCGUGCACCAACCCUCGGCUCCGCAUAUCGCUAUGGUCGGCCACGAUGGGUUCUAAUAUUGAAGAGCUGACUAAGGAGACGAUCAAGAAACGUCGGGAAUCUCUUGCCAUUGAAAAUAGUCAAAAUACCUCAACUCCCCUCCUACGAGUUGUUAUUGGCCUCAAAGACUCCGCUGUCCCGAACAUCAAACACAAACUUGUAUACGCAGCCACUGAACAGGGCAAGUUGCUUGGUUUACGUCAACUUCUUCGUCCCAGUGCAGCCGUCGCUCCCAACGAAGCCCGCUUACGACCGCCAUUUCUCAUCUUCACACAAACAAUUCCACGAGCAGUUGCGCUACAUUCGGAGUUGCUUUAUGACAUCCCCCCUGAAGCUGGAGGAUCUUCUCGAAUUGCUGUUCUGCAUUCAGACUUAUCAGAGACCCGUCGUUCGGACAUUAUGAAAGGGUUUCGCAAAGGCGAAAUCUGGAUCAUUAUCACCACAGAUUUGCUAGCACGAGGAGUCGACUUUCGUGGGAUCAAUGGUGUGGUGAACUAUGAUAUCCCGACAUCGAGUGCAGCAUACGUUCAUCGCGUCGGUCGAACAGGCAGGGCUGGCCGUGAAGGAGGUGUCGCAGUUACAUUCUAUACUAAAGAAGACAUACCAUAUGUCAAAAGCAUAGCCAACCUCAUCCACACCAGCGAGAAACUGCAGGGUACUACGGGAGAAAAGUCCGUUCAAAAGUGGCUACUGGACGCUCUUCCGGAUUUGAGUAAAAAAGACAAGCAAGAGUUGAAAAGACAUGGUGUCAAGGCACGGGCAGCGUCAGCCAAACUGAGACCCGACGGCAAAGAGAUACGCACAUCACGCAUUAGUACAAAGAGUGGAUACGAUCGAAAAAUGGAGAACAAAAGAAAGGGCACGAUUACCGCUAAUCGUCAAAAGUCCAAGGCGUCUACAGUUCCAGCAGAGAGUGGAGAUGAAUGGGAGGGAAUUGAUGAGUAAACAAUUUGUUCACGUUUGAUUCUGGUCACUAUUGUUCCCACCUUCCGGCUUGUCUAUGAGAUUUCUGCAGAUACUAAUCUCAACGACCGUCUUUUCCGGAUCAACAAAGCCUGUCAAUCCAU